AAUUCAGCCUUUUUUCAUUUUUAUGCAAUUUGUGGAUGAUCCCUUCAACUGUUGAACAUUGACCCUGAAUGAAGCCGCACUUUCAGCAAACUCUAAGAGGAAAGAAGUGAAAAGGUCUAGGUGCUGCCUGAAUGACUAACCCAAGACUGGGCUUUCAUCUCACAAGUUCGCCAUGGCUUCUGUAGCAUCAGUUCAGCAACUCUUGACCCCUGCAUUCACCGUUGAUAUCCAGAAAGUUGAAAAUAAUGCAAAACGAAUGAUUGAGCGAUGUCAGGCCCUGGGAGUUCGUCUCCGACCACACAUGAAGACUCAUAAAACUGUGGAAUGUGCGGAUAUUAUGACGGGGGGCUCUCGAAGGUGCAUCGUUGUCUCCACACUGGCUGAAGCACGUUUCUACACUGACCACGGCUUUGAUGAUAUCCUGUAUGCUUAUCCGCUUCCUUUUGACAAAGUGGACAUCUGUGCUGAGCUGGCAGAACGCCUGGAGAUGUUCCAUGUGUUGAUUGACAAUGAACUGGCCCUGGCAGAGCUCAAAAAGAGGCGACUGAAAAAUGGGAAGUCAUGGCUGGUCUGGCAGAAGAUAGACUGCAACAAUAGAAGAGUUGGGGUGCGACCUGAGGAUCCAGCAGCAAUGAUAUUGGCAAAAUCCAUUGCAGAAUGUGAAGGUGUGGAGCUUGCAGGGGUAUAUGCACAUUGUGGGAAUUCCUACCAUGCAACCGGAUUGGAGGAGAUUCAAGCAGUAGCCCAGGAAACCACCACUGCCACCCUGGACUUUGUGCAGAAGUUGGAAGAGGCAGGUGUGAGGUGUCCUCGCUCAAGCAUUGGUUCAACACCCACCUGCAGUCACCCUAUACCAGACAUAGCUCGACUCACUGAGGUCCACCCUGGAAACUACGUCUUUUAUGAUGUCCAACAGAUGAUGAUUGGUUCCUGUCAGAUGGAUGACAUUGCUGUGCGAGUGCUGACGAGGGUCAUUGGUCACUAUCCUCAUCGGAAUCAAAUGUUGGUCGACUGUGGAUGGGCGGCAUUGAGCUUGGACAGUAUGGGAAAACUGCCGACGGGCUACACAAUCAUUGAUGGUCAUCCUGAGCUGAAGUUGGUGGGAAUGUCGCAGGAACAUGGGAAGAUUGAGCCAACCUCGGGGAAGCUGGAUUUUAACAAGUUCCCGCUUGGAAGCUUGAUCUCACUUAUUCCUUAUCAUGCCUGUGCCACUGCAGCAAUGCAUCCUGUCUACUAUGUGCACUCAGCAGGGAAGAUAGUAGCUGAAUGGAGACCAACACGAGGCUGGUAAGAACAAGGAGAUCACAUGAGGAGAGUCUACUUCAGUUUCUAUCCCUCUCCUGAAAGUGCGGCCAAGUUUCACUUCACCCAAAGCCCAGAAUGAAUCUGGACUGUGAGGAUUAACAGACCUAUUACACCAUAAUUGACAUCACAGCGAAUCACCUGAAAGGUGCCGUGCAAGCUACUCACUAGCCAUCUGCUUAAGAUCUUGGGUCUUUGCACCCAUGUUUCAGACCUUGCUACCAGUGCUGUUUUUCCAUAUUUGACAUCUGGGUCUGUUGUAGACUAAUUGGUACCGAUUGUUUGCAGUCAUUAGCCAAUGUGUCUGUUAUUGUUGCAUCAUGCACCUAUGAGAAUAAUAGUCAGUAAAAAAGCUGGACUGUGAUUUUAUUUUCAUCUUAUCUUUCUAUGUACUUUAAUUCACAUCAAUUUCAUUACUAACACUGAGGAAACAGUGCUGUCCUAAAUGACCAAUAGCAGUCCUGACUGGACAAUCUGCUGUACGCUGGGAAAAUCCUGAUUUCAUAGAAUCAUAGAAUUGUUAAAGCGCAGAGGAAGUGCUUUGGACUCAAAGUGCGCAUGUUAAGUAGCAAUUCAAAUGCUACCACUCCCUUUACUCUCGCUACAUCCUUAUGCAGUCCUCUUCCUCCUCAGAUAUUUAAAUGUUUUGAAAAUGUGAAAAUAUUUCCAGUGUAGAUGGAGGCCAUACUCUCCAUUGUGUCUCCAGCCAUGGAAAAAUUAACCACGCAACCUAAUCCCAUUUUUCAGCAUGUGCUUCAUAUCUCUGCAAGUUACGGCACUUCAUAUCCAGAUACUUUUUAAAUGAGUCAAGGGUUUUUACCUGUACUAGUCUUUUAGGUGAUAUUUAGGGGAAAUUUGGAUUCAUCUCAGCUGUGAUGCUGUCCACAACUGGGCAGCCUACUGUCACCCUAAUGAACAAUGACCUCCAAGGUGAGGUACUGGAGUGCAAAUCCCAGGGAACAGAAUGUUUUCAAGAAUAGGCGAAUGGGAGACUGAGUAUAAAAUAGAAUAGAUUCCCUACAGUGUGGAAACAGGCCCUUCGGCCCAACAAAUCCACACAAACCCUCCAAAGAGUAUCCCACCCAGACACACUUCCCUUGGUCUA